GGGCGGGAUCAACCUCUGUCGGAUAAGCCGGAUCUGCUCCACCUCGGAUGGUUUUGCAUAGGGACACUUUACGGGAUUCAGCCAGUCUCUCCACCUCCUCAAGAAAUCCAGUCACACUACCAUUGCCAUCAAAGGAGAUGUUCCACUUGUGUACCGGAACGGUUGGUACUGUCGGUCGAGAUUCCGGUUCUGAUCUGGCAGGUGUUGUGACAAUUGGCUGGUCAGAACUUAUCCACGGUGCAGGUGUACCGGUACGUGAGACAUUAACUACAGCAGGGGGAUCGACACCAUCUCCCAAGUCGAUAAGUGAUGUCUCAACCUUUGAUAACCUCUCCGGUUGGAUCGGUGACAUCCCAGGUGAACUGGGCACCUCCUCAUCCAGAAGAGACCUCUGACCUCGGUUGGAUGUCUGUGGCUGUUCAGGAUUACUCUUCCUACGCAGCUCCUCCAGUGUCUCCAACGCCUUAUCUGUAGUCGCCUUCAUUUGUUCAAUCAAUUGUAACUGUGCUGUGUCUGCGGUGACAAUAAAGUUCAGCCUGCCUUGAA